AUGGAUCAGCAGCAGGAGCGGGACCGGCGGCGGACGCUGCUGCUGGUGAACCUGGCGUCCAUCAUGGAGCGCGCCGACGAGACCCUGCUCCCCGCGGUGUACCGGGAGGUGGGCGCCGCGCUGCACGCCACGCCCACGGGGCUCGGCGCUCUCACGCUGUACCGCUCCAUCGUGCAGGCCGCCUGCUACCCGGUGGCGGCCUACGCCGCGUCCCGCCACAACCGCGCCCACGUCAUCGCGCUGGGGGCCUUCCUCUGGGCCGCCGCCACCUUCCUCGUCGCCAUCUCCGACACCUUCGUCCAGGUGGCAAUUUCAAGGGGCUUGAAUGGCAUUGGUCUAGCUCUCGUCAUACCAGCAGUCCAGUCGCUGGUGGCUGACUCUACCGACGACGACAACCGUGGCACAGCUUUCGGUUGGCUUCAACUGACCAGCAGCAUAGGCUCCAUAUUUGGGGGAUUCUUUGCCUUGAUGCUGGCUCAGACUACGAUCUUGGGGAUUGAAGGAUGGCGCAUUGCCUUCCAUCUCGUCGCAAUCGUCAGUGUCAUUGUAGGCAUCCUCGUGUGGUUCUUCGCCGUGGAUCCCCAUUUUCCCACAAACAAUGCUGCCUCGCAUGCUGCACCAGUCAGCCAAAAGUCUGCACUUGAUGAAGCAAGGGAGCUGAUCAUUGAGGCCAAGUCCAUAAUCCAGAUCCCAACGUUCCAAGUCUUCGUCGCGCAGGGUGUCAGCGGCUCAUUCCCAUGGUCAGCACUGUCAUUCUUGUCCAUGUGGCUUCAGCUCAUUGGGUUCAGCCACGAGGACACCGCCAUUUUCACGACGACCUUUGCUGUCGCCACCUCCAUUGGUGGCCUUCUUGGUGGCAUGAUGGGGGAUUUCUUUGCGCAGCGAUAUCCGAACGCCGGGAGGAUUAUCCUGUCACAGAUAAGCGCUGGCUCUGCUGUCCCUUUGGCUGCUGUUCUUCUGCUGGGCUUGCCUGAUAAUCCAUCCAGAUCCAGUGGUGUAGCCCACGGACUUGUUCUGUUCAUCAUGGGACUCAUCAUCUCUUGGAAUGGAGCUGCUACAAACGGGACCUUCGAGUCGAUUCUAGCCUCGUUUGCGCCUCCUGUCGUUGGCUUGUUAUCGCAGCACCUCUAUGGUUUCAAACCGGACGACAAAGGGAGCAGCCCUGAACAGGACCGGGAGAACGCUGCGUCGCUGGCCAAGGCGCUGUGCACGGCCAUUUCCAUCCCAAUGGUUAUCUGCAGCUCCAUAUACACGUUCAUGUACCGCACUUACCCUCGAGACAGGGAGCGUGCGCGCAUGCAGUCCAUGAUUCAGUCAGAGCUAGAUCAGAUUGAGCUGGGCGGUUCGAGUUUCGGAUGCGGCGACGACAGGUUUGAGCUCUUUGAAUCGGUGCACGAUGGUGAUAAACCUGAUGAGGUUGAUGGCAGUUGUGGUGCUGAAGAAUCUGCUGAGGCCGAUGCUGGCACUGAAAAACUAUUAGGAAACCAUGAGUUGUGA